AUGACAUCAAAAUACAUAUCCUCCUUCGGAACCAUGAGACCUCCGAAGCGAGAAGUAGGAAUGAGCAAAGCCUCAACAUCCAUCCCCGAAUUCCACACCGCACUCCUAAACUCCAAAAGAAUCCUCGCCCUCUGCGGCGCAGGGCUAAGUGCCGCCAGCGGCCUCGACACUUUUCGGGGUAAAGGGGGGAUGUGGAGGAAUUACAGGGCUACGUCUUUGGCUACGCCGGAGGCUUUUGAGAAUGAUCCGGGGUUGGUUUGGUUAUUCUACGCCCUCCGCCGCCACCAAGCCCUCAACGCCAAACCAAACAUGGCACACUUCGCCCUCGCCGAAUUAGCCCGCCAAAAAGGCGAAGAAGGAUUCCAAUGUCUAAGUCAAAACGUCGAUGGUACACCACCCACCCUCUUAUCUCCUCCACACACUAAUCCCCUAGGCCUCUCCCAACGUGCUUCCCACCCCCCAUCCCAACUAAAACUCCUCCACUCAACCCUCUUCAACCUAAAAUGCUUCAACGACUCCUGCACCUACCUCGACAUCGACAACUUCACCGACCCCCUAUGCCCAGCCUUAACCAUCACGCCCGAAAACAUCGAAACUCGGCUCGCGCCCGCCGCGAAAUCAAUGCACAAUCACCUCGACCCGCGUCGUCCUAAGGCCAUUCCCGAGGACGAACUACCGCAUUGUCCAUCUUGUGAGACCGGCUUGCUGAGGCCUGGCGUGGUGUGGUUCGGGGAGGCGUUGCCGAGUGAGACGAUUGAGGGGAUUGAUGAGUGGAUUGAGGCUGGGGAGAGCGUGGAUUUGAUUUUGGUCAUUGGGACUACGGCGACGGUGUGGCCGGCUAGUAGUUAUGUGGAGAUUGCGAGACGGUUUGGUGCUAAAGUGGCGGUUGUGAAUAUGGAUGAUGGGGAGUUGGGUAGUGCCAGUGAUUUGAGAGAAGGGGAUUUCUGGUUUCAAGGUGAUGCGGCGGUUCUGGUGCCGCAGAUGUUGGAGCCUGUCGUUGGGGAUUUGAAACAAUUUAAGGAGUUGGCUGCUUGA